UUCACCCCUUGACGGGCGCAGUCCAGUCCAGUGCUAGAGUGCUAGAGUAGCGUCUCCUGAGCCAACUCUCCAAUUGCAACCAUGUUGAGCUGCUCGCCGUGAGCGCGCCCACCACCCCCGCUGGCUGCGCGAGUAUUACUGUUGGGCGCUCCCGUCGCCUUCUCCAUCCGGUCAUUUAUAAUCCCCCAACGCCCCGAGUCGCCGCGUCGCUCGCUCAGAUUCAAAAACAUGACCACCAAUGGCCUGCGCACCCAGUACCCCUACGCCGGGGACACGCUCAGUCCCCGCGCCCUCUAUGACUUUCCCUCGCCGACGUCCAACUACCAGUCUGGCAUCAACGGCACUGCCUCGCCCAGCUUCUUCCCCAUGGCCUACCAGAUAUCCCCGCGCUUCGGUGCCAGCGCCUUCAUACCGCCCCCAGAAGUCUUCGUAGACGGCCGCAGGGAGACCAUCCGCGAAAACGGCGUCUACACACCGCGUAACUCUGGCAAGCGAAACUCCGAUGCGCUGAAUACCGACCCCGUGGCCAUGCAUCUGCUUGUUGAGACGGCAAUCGGAGACAGCCAGUAUUUCGACAUACUCUCAGUUGAGGAGGUGGAAGCGCUCAAGCAGGAGCAGAAGAGCCUGGACACACGUCUGGGCACUGUCAGACGGAAGCUGGAGUCGGAGACGAAGAUCCGCGAUGCGACGCGCUCACUCGGACGACUGGCCUCGAAGAAGGCAAACGGACACAAGCGCGGGCAGAGCAGUAAGAGCAGCAAAGGCAGCAAUACCGUGCAGGAUUACGACCCCAAGACAGAGGAAGGGCUUGAAUCAAGCAACAAGAAGGUCGAGGAGUUCAUUCGGGAGUGCCUGGAGAUAGAGUCUCGCAUGCGCAUGAUCGAUAUGCAGCUGCUGAUGCACACUGCUGCUGUACUGCAGCUUACGCACAAGGGACCCAAACAGCGUCAAGACGACUCUGAAAUGUCAGAAGACCGCUUCCGGAGACCAGACAGCCCCGCAAGCCUCAAUACCUACGAAGACGGCAGACUCAACGGCGCUUUCGACGAGCGCAGCUUCUACAGGACACCGGAGAACCUCGACAACCUCAUGAACGUGCUGCAAACCGGCAAGCACCUCACAGCCUCCUCAGAGCGUCAUGACCAAGCCUUGAAUGCGACUGCCACGCGUCUCCAGGAGAUUAACGAGCGUCUAAGAUCUCUCAUCAUCGAGGCAAACCCCGAGCGCGACGAAGACUAUUCACUGCCGCCGCUGGCUCUCGAAGGAACGCCGGAUGCUUCAACCCUAGAUCGCCAGCUCGAUUUCCUCGACCAGGGCCUCCGCAGCAUCGCCGCUGAACAGUCCAACAUCCGCAACAACUCAAGGCAUACUCUGAGCGAAGUCGAGGGCCGUCUGGAGGGCAUCAACAACCAACUCUAUGCGGUAAUAUCUCGAUCCGAAAACGAACAGUCCGACAAGAUCCCACCGCCACCUGCCAUCACUGGUGGUGGUUCUACCGAACAGCUCAACUACAUGGAAGACUCCUUCUACAACCUCGAGCAGAUCCAGUACUCUAACUUCACUUCUCUUUCUCACACUUUGUAUUUCUAUAUACCCACUUUGUACCUUUCUGGACCCGUUAUCAUUCACGCAUUAUACGCGGAGUUUGGGACUUGCAUUGCAACACAUGUACUGGCGUUGCAUCGCUGCUGCUAUAGUGGAAAGCAUAUCUGCAUAUAAAGUAAUGUAUACGCUGUGUUUUCCAUUGGAAUGGCAUUAGCAUAAGAUCGCAGACGAAUCUGGCAUUUGCUGUUCCGUUGUGAUGGGCUGUCCAUGUAGUGAGAAAAAGCAUCAAAUGCUAGGUGACCAUGUGUCGUCUUUCGUCCUGCACGACGUCUUCUUCUAGAGUCAAGAUAUUAGCCAUUGCCCAGAACUCCAAGAAGAAGAUGUAGGACGC